AGCGGUUUGAAGGGUUCUUAAGGUUAGGGCUGUGAGGAUUUACACGCGCUACUAGCAUGCUAGCUCAGUUCGUCUCCGUUACAUAGGCAAAUGAGGGAACACAUCAUCUAAAUCCCUGAGUUGAGUAACAGCCAAGCUCACUGUGCUCUUGCACAAUUCAUAGGCCCGGAGAUGCUCAUAAUACCAUGCAAUCAGUUACUUGCAGAUAAACAAAACAUCACUGUUAACCACCAAGAUUUCAUCAAUCUGUUUGAACUCUGGAAGCCCUGUACAUGACCCCACAGAAAUCACCAUACCAGUUGCAUACUUAAUGCCAUCAACAUGAACAGAUGAUGUUUUAAGAACUGUACUUUGAGUAGUCUGCUUUGACAACUGAUGCUGUACACCGUCUGGGAGAGAAGCAACCUCUACACUCUUCACUUUGUUCACUUCUAAACUUGGUAAGAAAAAUUAGGCUGAAUCUAAAAAAAUCUAAGCCAUCAUGCUCUGGUAUUGCUCAGCUAAAGUUAGCGGGACGUUCAUGAAGUGUUGGGCUUCACGGAUGACUCGUUUGAAAAAUGUGUGUUUUCCCUCAUAUCUCAUUGUCCACAUAUCGACAAGUGGCCCAAAAACCUUAUAGAGAUACUGCUCCAAGUAGAGAUGUUUUGGACGAAGCUUGGAGUUUGUGAAAACUUUUUGAAGCAAUUGCCUGUGUCACAUCAAUACAUUCCUCAGUGAAUCUACUUGACAAUGCCAAUUCAAGAAUAUCUUUUACGUUCAUUAACAUCUCCCAUGUUUCCUUAUUCACAGGGACAUGAUGGACCAUCAUAAGAGGAAGCAAUCUCAUAAAGGUCCAGUUCUCAUGUCCAUGUCCUCCAAUUCUCUGCUUGGUGUUAAAUGUCUUGGGAAUUAACUGAGACCUGUUUGUUCUGUCUAAAAAUGUGUAGUGUAGCUGGAUUGCGUUAUUCAGUGAGUCCAGUGUGGAAAUAAUGCUUCUUAAUGAGAUCACUCACUGACAAUUUAAAUGAGACAAUGCCCUCCAAAAGAUCAUGGAGUAUAUCAGGAGGGAAGCCUUCCACAACAUGGAAAUGUUCCAAAUGAGUACUCAGAGCACAACCACCUUUCACGUUUUGCCAUGCAUAAACGACAAAAUCUGUUCACAAUAAAACUCUCCUGAAAUCCUGCUAAUGCAUGGGCAGCUAGGUUGUCUGCAGCUAUAUACAACACUGUCCCUUUCACACUUUCACCUCUGCACAUUCCAUGUUUCUCAAGUAAUAGUAAAUCCUGAAAAAGUGGACGAAGGACAUCUACGAACCCAUACUGCUUGACUGUGUUGACCUUGCAUAAGAGGGCGAGUUGUAUUGCAUGAAGGGAAGAGUGGUAUUUGGGUGCAACAUUAGCAAGGACCAAUUAGAAAGCACAUACAGUAUCUUGUGCUUUUUUAGAUGUCCCCAGGGGGUUUACUACCUUGUCGAUGUACAAACUAGGGGCAAUCCUAAAUUCACCCUCUGUCAAGAGAGUGAUCUCUUUAAAGCGAGAACCAUCUUUGUAGCUACUUAAUACACUCACCUGUGCACUAUCAGAGAGGAGAGCCUUAUCCAAAAUGUCAUCUUUGCUAAGCAAAGUUUGGAGCAUUAUCAGAAUGGGAAACUACAGUAUUACUAAAGAAAAAAUCUGGACAUUAUCUGAACUGCCUUGUUGUUUUAUAUUAGAUCCAGGACUUCAGGCUGCCUAUAUGAAAUGUCUUGCUUAAUUAACUUCCAAAACACUACAUUAUAUAAAGUAAUAGAGGAGUCUACCUUGUGAAGAAUGCUUUAUUUGCAUGUUCCCUUCACUGUUCCACUGGGCAAAAGACAGUAACAGUAACUUCCAUUGUUUUGAUAGGUAUGACAACAUUGAGGUGCCAUUGUGGGUGGGGUUUAGGACAACAUAGAGGGGCUAUCAGCCUGAUAAUUGGGGGAAAAAAUGUUGAUCCCCCAAUUUAUCACCUGUAAGCUUGAAUAUCACCUUAUCUUGGCCUGUCUAGUGGGAUUGUGGCUCUUGUAUUUUGAAGUCCUCUUUUGUUAAAAGAGAUCCUAUUCUACUUUCUUUGUCUUGACCCACUUUACUCCUUUCCAUCCUUGUGCCCAAAUUCCCGGGUGAGGAGAGAUCAGUUUGUCUUCUAAAGAUAUGUUUGCUAUCCUGAGCACUAAGCAGUUGGAGAAAUGACUCCCAGAGAAACUAAGAAUGACAUUCAAGAUAUCUGGGGUACAAAAUGGGAAAACGGGAUGUAAGAAAGUCGUGCACAGAAUAGAUCAUAAAUCAAUUUGGUGCCGUUUUCUGUCUUCAGUAGAGCUGUGUGCUUGGAUUACACACACGCACGCACACACACACACACACACACACACACACACACACACACACACACACACACACAAUGCCCUUAGGUUGUUUGGCCUGUCAUUAAGAUGUUAAGCUUAUCUGAGAGUAAACUUAUCCUAGGCAUUGUGUAUUAUGCUCAUUAAAUCAACCUCAAACUGCUUCUUUGCCAGGGUCCCCCAUUGGUACUAACACUAACUCUUCUCUUACCUUGACCCCCACUGACACCAUACAGUCACACUGCACUACUAAGAGAUAUGUGAUUACAUAUCUAUUCCAAUUUUUUGUCACUUAUGGUUGUCUGUCUCGUUCUAACAUAUAUAUUUAUUGUGUUAUUGUAUUUAAUGUAUUCAUUAUUGUAUGUCAUGCACCUUGAGAACAAAACACAUUCCUCGUAUGUGAAAACAUACUUGGCAAUAAACCUGCUUCUGAUUCUGAUUUGCUGACAUAUGCAUUCAAAUCUAUAUGUCAUAAUUCUUUUCCAGUUCUGUUUAGUUGCGUUUCAAACAACAUUCUUUAAAGCCAUACCAUUUUCUACAUGGGUCAGUCAAUUCCCUCAGCCAACCUAAUGCAUUCACCAUGUGUUUUAAAGAAAACCCUGUAUUCCAGGCUACCAUUACCAGAUGGAUUUUAGUUCUUGCAAAACUCUUGCUCAAUUGUGUUGAUACCUAGAACUCUAGUAUAUAAUAUACUAGAGUUAUACUAGAGUAUAAUUGAUAGUAUGUAUGUCUCAGAAAGCAAAUAAGCAAGUAUGUCAUUUAUAGGUAAUACAAAUGUAUGUCAAUAAAUACGAGAGAAAAUAGAAAAACUUAAUCACUAAUCCAGAUGUGACUUUUCUGAAAGGGCUUCUUGAGUUAGUGCUGAUGUUUUUCAGUGGGAGUUCUGUUUCCUCGUCUGAGUCCAACCAGACCUCAUUUCAGUUCCAAGUGAACAAAGCAGAGUUUUUACCAAAAUCUAUAUUCAUGGAACUAAUAUCUGCAAAGAUUUGAAAGUGAUAUGAUGACAUGAAACAAAGAUGGCUGUCUUGUGUGUUUCAUCUGUCUUUCUGAUGUCAUCCAUGCUGUUCCUGUUUCUCUCUCCUAUCAUACCGAAUGCUGAGGCUUCAUGUCCAAGAUCCUGUAACUGUCCAAACACAAGGGAGGUGCACUGCACCUUCCGUCACCUUACAUCUCCCCCUUUCAACCUGCCAAGGGACAGUGAGCGUAUUAAUCUAGGUUAUAACAGUCUCAAAGGUGUGACCGCUUCGGAUUUUGGAAAUCUUUUAAAGUUGGAAAUGCUCAUGCUCCAUGGAAAUGAUAUCAAAUUUGUGGGACCAGGAACAUUUUAUAAUUUACGCCAUUUACAGAUCUUGAAGCUGAGUUACAACAAGUUGAAGACCAUCUACCAGGGCAUGCUUGAGGGAAUGAAAGGCCUUGUUCGUCUUCAUCUAGAUCACAAUCUCAUUGAUUUCAUAGAGCCCUUUUCUUUUAAUGGACUCACAUCACUAAAACUGUUACAGCUGGAUGGGAACCAGUUAAGAGACCUACAUCCCCACACAUUUGUCACUCUCUCUUUUCUCGGACAUUUCCGAAGCUCUGGCCUUCAUCACCUCCAUAUUGCAGAUAAUAAUCUGAAAUACCUUUUGCCUGGCAUUUUGAGGCCAUUGAGCAAACUGGAGAGCCUCUCUGUACAUGAAAACCCGUGGAUAUGUGACUGCAACUUAAGAUGGCUGUUAGAGUGGAAUAAGAAGCACAUGGGUGUAAUUCAUUGCAAGAAGGAUUCUGGUGACGGUGUAAAUUGUGCCACAUGUGUCUCACCACAACUCCUGAACAACAGCCAAGUCUUCCAGCUAAAAUCUGAACAGCUUGAUUGCAAACGUCCCUCCAUAGAUUCCCCAUUGAAAACUGGAGAGAUAAGCCACUGGGAGGGUACUGAGCCAGACCUUCCAUAUAUCAAAGAUCUUGAGCCACCACUGGGCCAUCUUACAUUUACAUUGUCAGACAGUCAUGGGAAUGUAGCACAUGUCGCCUGUGAAGUAAGUCGACCAUCAGAGAGCACAUCAGUGAUAUGGGAGACCCUCAAGAACUCUGAAAUCAUAGUGAAUGUGACAUUGAUGAGCCACCUGGAGUGUGACAUUGACAGGGAUGAGCUGCACAACAUGUGGAGGCUUAUUGCAUAUUACUAUGAGAGUCCUGCUUUAUUAGAACGAGGUGCAAAACAUGAGAACACUUCCAAGAUUGUUUUUCAGUAUUCCCAAGCAGUUGAUGAGGAUUCUUCAUAUUUCACAGACCUUAAAGGACACAUAAUGGCUGAACCCUCAUGGCUGUUACAACCAAGAAUUACACUCCAGCUUAACCGACGCAAAACCACAACAAAAAAGCUUGUUUUAAACUUCAGCACAUUCCUCACAAGUCACAAAGAAACAUAUGACAAAGUUAUGUCAUCCUGGGCUGUGAUACAACGAGGAAUAGCAACACAAAUCAAGUCAGUCGUUCAGGGAUCUAAUGUGACUUUUGAGUGUAAUGUACACAGCUCAGGACAGCAACACGUGGAAUGGAUGCUCCCUGACUUGAUGCUGCUUGAAAAUGUUGAUUCAGAAAAUAUCGUAACUGAGGACAAUAAAUUACAUAUUAAGAAUACGACUGUCUCGGAUUCUGGUCUUUAUCACUGCUUAGUCAAGACUGAAAUGGAUGUGGAUACAGCGUCCUUCCGGCUAGCUGUCAGAGAACAGCCAAAGCAAAGUGAUCUAAAUGGCAAGAGGAUUUCUUUGGACAGUGGGGGUGUGCUUACACUCGACUGUUCAGUGUCAUCACCUCAUCCGAGUGAAACCAGCUGGUAUCUCCCUAAUUCCAAGAUCCUUACAACCUCACAGCCCAAGGGGAGAGUGUCUAUGCUUCAGAAUAAUACCCUAGUUCUAAAAAAUGUCAGCCAUGAUGAUACUGGAGUAUAUAGCUGCUUGGCAGUAAAUCUCUAUGGAGUUGAUAUGCUUUCACAUCUUCUUGUUGUCACAGGUGAAAGAAUGGGAAAGAGAGAACAAGUCAGCAUAAAUGAAAAUGAAUCUCCUCUGUCUGAAACUAAGACUGAACAUGAGGGAUCAGGUUAUGAAGAGACAGAGUAUCAAUUUCCAAAACAACAAAAAACCUUUGGGAAAGAAAGAUGGCCUGGGAUUUCCAGAGGUGGGAAGGGAAACCGAGGGAAGCACAGCUCCAGGAAGGUGAACAAAAUUGUACAAGAGAUGGGCUCCACGUAUAGGGCAAAGAAAGUGGAAAAAGUCAAUGCUAAAGGUCCAUCACUGCCACCAAAUACCCAGACAACAACAAUGACAUCACAAACAAAUGUCACUAGUGUAAUUACCACCAACACAUAUACAAUAGAUAAAAUUAAUAGCACAGCUCUUGAACAUGAAUCAAAUCAAAAUCAAAACCUAGGUUCAACAGUUAUGAAAACUAAAAACCAUCACACAGGUUAUUCAGAGUUUCCUGGAGGAAACAAUGACACAGCAACACUUCAGUCAAAAUCUGAGAACAGGAUUGAAAUCAAGUUGAGGAACAGAUUAAGCAUAAAGUCAAAUUUAACACAAAUACGGAGACCCCCACCUUUAAGACGCAGAAGACCACCACUGCGAAGAAUUCACCCUAACAGAUAUAUUCCUGAUUCUAAUAAGAACAUAACAACUGAGACCUCAAUAAAUGCAACAUCUUGGAGUAAAACAAAAGACAGAUAUCACAUAAAUUUAGCACCUACAGAUAGGAAUAUUGAAAAAUAUCCAUUUAGAAGUGGGGAUAUAAAUUCUCCAGCAACUACAAAUCUCCUACAAUCUCAUGAGCGCACGAAAGAUGGAGUGCACACUACAAAUGCAGCUAUUAAUUAUACGACUAAAUAUGUAACAUUUUUAAAUGAGAGCAUAAGUCUAAUAUCAAAAAAUGAAUAUAAUGUUUAUUCAAAAGGGAAACAUGUAAAUGAUACAAAUAAUGAACAUGUAAAUAGUAAGAACAUAAAUAUCAAAAGAAAUAACCACAAAGAAAAUACAUUGCUUUCCACAUCAACAACUUUCUGUCCAAGAAAAAAUGAGACCACCAUUACUAUGCCUUUAUCUGCUACAACUCUGAACACUGUUGGCUUGACACGGCAGCCAUCUAGAAACUUCCAACAAUGGACCUCUUUUAUGACCAGUCGUCCAGAAAUUGUAAACUGGUCUCCAAGACCCACAACUUCCAUCCAUAACACUGUAAAUGGCCGGACCAUUGCAUCUCAUCGAACUCAUCAUUCAUCUUCAUCCAGUGACAAGGACCUGUUGCUGCUCUCCAGACUCCGCAAUCGAUACAGACAGUCACAGUUAAACUCUCUUCUCUUGAAGUUUGGGAAGCUUGUCACCCCAAAGCCACAGAUUAUCAUGCCCACUCCCAUAUCUAAGCAGACCCCUAAAGUUGACCAUCCCUACAAGCCUAUAACACCUUCCCCUACCCCAGUCGCCACUUACACUAUAUACUCCACAGCUAGUGGAUUGAAGCCACAGAUUGUAUCUAUAAAUACAGUUGUGGUUUCCGCUCCACCUGAAACAGAUGUGACUCUUCCAUGCCAGGCCACUGGUAAUCCUAAACCUACGAUUUCAUGGAAGAGGGUGUCUACAGGUGCUACAAUUCAAGCAGGUAUAAAAUAUGAGGAAAGUUUAGGAAAGUUUGAAGUUUUUCAAAAUGGCACUUUUGUGGUCAGAAGUCUUCAGCCAGAGGACGAAGGACAGUAUCUGUGUUCAGCACAAAAUAUAUUUGGUGCAGCCCAUAGUGUGGUCACUCUACUUGUUGUGGCUCAGACUCCAAAAAUUGUAAAUCCACCCUCAAGAGAUUUUUCUGUGUAUCUAGGCAAGUCAAUUAACCUGCACUGCAUUGCACUGGGAAAACCCAAAGCACACAUUUCCUGGAUUCUUCCUGACAGGACCUUACUGCAAGAGGUGGGAACAAAUGCAAUAGGCUCACUUUUUGCUAACGGCACACUGAACAUUCCAUCAGUAAUUCUUUCAAAUCAAGGGUACUAUAAAUGUAUUGCCAGCAAUGCAGCUGGGGAAGAUACAAUUACCUAUAACAUCAAUAUUAUAUCUUCACUGCCGACCAUCAAUGAGGAAGCAAUUGAAAGCCUGGCAAUAUCUAUUGGAACAAGUAUCUAUGCGAACUGUACAGCAAUGGGGAGACCCCAACCAGUCAUUAAAUGGAUUCUUCCCGAUGGGACAAGCUUAAAACCCACUCAACUGCUUAAGCAACGUUUCUUUGUCUUUCCUAACGGAACACUCUACAUCAAAAGUGCCUCAGUGACCGACGGUGGAAAAUAUGAGUGCACAGCUACCAAUGCAGUGGGCUCUGUCAAGCGGUUAUUUCUGCUUGAUACAAAACAGAACUCAUACCUCCCAAAAAAGCAACAGCAACAACAACAUAAUGUUUCUGCCAUGUAUGGCUCAAAAAUAUACUUGCACUGUUCUUAUCCAGCAACAAUUUGGAGAUUGCCAUCCAAGACACUUCUCUCACAUCAUUACAGCCCUGAAAGAUUUAUCACUGCUUUCCCUAAUGGAACCCUAAGAAUCCAACAACUGACAGGAAAGCUUGCAGGCACCUACAUGUGUAUCUCUCAGAAGUCAAAUGGUGAGGAUAUACAAUACUUUCAAGUAGAGGUCUUCAUGAAGGCUCCCAAGAUCGAAAACACACAAGUCCCACAGAGAAGUGUCAUACAUGGUAAAAAACUCCAGAUGGACUGCUUAACUUCUGGUGUACCAAACCCUGAGGUAUCCUGGAGCCUUCCAGAUGGCACAGUUGCCAACUCUGCCUUUCAGUCACAUGACAACAGAAGCCAUUCACAUUAUGUCACCUUUAGCAAUGGCACACUAUUACUGAAACAGAUUAGCAAAAAGGAUGAGGGGGACUAUAUAUGUUAUGCUAAAAAUGCACUAGGGGAAGAUGAGAUGAAAGUGAGUGUCAGAGUGGAAUCUCCCAUGAUUGCCUUCAAGAACAAGGUUUCUGUGUGGGCUGAACUUGGGAAGCAGGCACAUAUGAAAUGUAAAUCUCAUGGAAAUCCUCCCAAUCCAGUGACAUGGCUUUCUCCUAGCAAAAAUGUGAUUUCAUCCACUUCCACCCGUCACCAAAUUCUUAAAGAUGGGACACUAAUUAUCCAAAAGGUCACUUUAAAUGAUGAAGGAAGGUACACUUGUUUUGCACAGAAUUCUGCCAUUAACAGCAUAGAGCUGGAAGUGGAACACAGGGAGCCAUAUAUUAAUGGACACAGGGGUGCACACAGCACACAUGUUUCAGCAGUGUCUUACCAAACUACUCUAAUGGACUGUAAAAGUGAAGGCAAGCCAGAGGCACACAUUAUCUGGACAACAUCAUCUGGCUUGUCCUUGCCACUGCCAUAUGAGGGUGGUAGGUUUCAAGUACAUAAGAAUGGCAGCCUGGAGUUGCGAGGAGUUAGAAAGUCUGACGAAGGUCAGUUCAAGUGUGUUGCAAAAAAUAGCUUGGGAGAAGCUAGUCUCACAGUCACAUUAAAAGUAGAAACACUUGCUGAAAAGCCCAGCUUCUCUAAUCCGAAUAUAGAAGUUUAUCCUAUAAAGUCAGAUGGUAGUGUUAUAACUUUAGAGUGCAUUGCAACUGGUAAGCCAAGACCAAUAUUUGUAUGGAUUCUGCCAAACAAUACUCAGCUGAUUCCAGGCACGAGACUAAACAGGUUUGCACAUGUCAUAGGGAGUGGAAUCCUUCACAUUACCAGCCCUGUGACUACUGAUAAAGGCAUUUACCGUUGCCUGGCAAAAAAUGUGGCAGGGCAAGCUGAGAAACGAUAUGAACUACAAACAGGAAAAAAACCUUAUAUUCGAGGAAAUGGAGGUCCCUUAAAGAUUACUUUUGGGCAGACCCUGAACAUGCCAUGUACUGUUGAAGGUUGGCCAGAGGCCUCAGUGUCUUGGACACUUCCAAAUGGUCUAACUCUGGUCAAGCCACAGAUCACUGGCAGAGUAUUAUUUCUGGAAAACAAUACACUGCAGGUUAAAGACACAGCCACAUUUGACAGAGGAGUUUACACAUGCAAAGCUACUAAUACUUAUGGAUCAUCUUUCUUGUCCUACCCGGUCACAGUCAUGGUAUACCCUCCCCAAAUUACAACUGCACCCCCUUCUGUUAUAAGAGUUUACAAGGGGUCAUCUGUGUCACUAAACUGCAUUGCCAUUGGUAUUCCCAAGCCUGACAUCUCUUGGACUUUGCCCGGACGCACAACACUUGUGCCCAACAGUCGUUUCAUAGCACAAGGCGGAAUUCAUAUGACGGGGGAAGGUAGCCUGGUCAUUCAAAACCCAGGCCUGAUGGACUCUGGAAUUUAUAAAUGUAAUGCAAAAAAUGUACUUGGAACAGAUUUUAAAGCAACAUACCUUCAAGUGGUCUAAGCCAGCAGUAAAGUAGAGUUGUGAACAUAUUGCUUGUGGAUAAAGAAUAUAUUGUGACUGUUUUAAUUGAAAUAAGUGGGUAAAAGCCUCAAGACUCCAAAACACAAUAUUUUCAUGUUUGUAGCAUAGUUGAAUUAAGUUAGAUCCUUGACAUUUUAUCCUUGACAUUUUUUUUCCUUGACAUCCCAAUCCCAAUCUUCACCUCCUCUGUGACCUUCCCUAUGUUAAAUAAGAAUAGCUACUGGUCAGGGGCGCUGUGGAGAAACUGGCUGCAGUGCCUGUGCCACUCUUCAACCCGGCCAUUUCCCGAUAUUCCCAAAAAAUAAUAAAGAAUAGCUACCAGUGUCUAGCAUACUAUUCCUAUACCCAAAUUGAAUCAUGUUACAUGCUACUUAUACUCUCACUGUCUAUUGAUGCUUGUGGUAACACCAUAUAUGUUAUUAUUAAUGCUACGUAACAUACGAUGGUAAUCUGGUAAUAUUAAAAAGCUCACAAAAUGAA